UGGAGGCAGAGUCGGCCGCUGUGGCGGUUAAACUCCUCGUACGGGACAGACAACAAAGCGCAGCGCUAGUUAGCUGCUAAGUUAGCCCGUCGCGGCUAGUCGGACGAGCAUCAUUGUUCGCUGGAGUUGUACGGGCCGUUUGUUAUGGGUCAUGCCUGUGUGGUCGCUCCAUCACCUCCAGUCGGUAAACGGGAAACGAAGCCAGCAACUUGGACAAAGCGGUUAUAAACAUGCACAGACGAAGAUGACACUGAUUGCCACCCCAUAGUUUUCCUGCCUGCCGGCUUUCACCAUGAACAUCAUUCAAGACAAACUAGGCAAUGAAUUCCUGCGCUCCAACGGGGGUAUGGACUCCAAUUUUGGCCCUGGCAUGAUUAUGUUCAGCCACCUUCCGCCGGUGACCAGCUUCACCCGGCUGGCCGCCCACUCCGUAAUGCAGGACCUUCCACCGCAAGAAAUGAUCCUGAAGAAGGAGCGUGACUCUCCUGACUACAGCAUGGGCACCCAGGGUGGCAGCCUGGGCUGCGCAGGGGUGGGUGACUAUGUUCACACCAUGGGUAUCAAGCAGGAGAAGCUGUCAGAGCACGAUUAUCGCCUGCCGCUCUACCCUGGAGGACUGGGGAAGAGCACAGAGCUGUUGGAGGUAACAGUCAGCAAUAACCAGAGCCUGCUGGUGCACGACCACAACAUGGGCAACCUGCCGACUCAGUUAGGAAAGGAGCCCACUGGGAGAAAAGGUCGAAGGUCAAAUGGUGAUGGACAGGAGGGUAAGCCAAGAAAGAAGAGAAGCGAGGCAAAGCAAUCAAUGAUGCUGGAUGCAGAUGGAGGCAGCCUGUCGCCGGGAACCAAGCCUCACAUCUGUGAGCACUGCACUGCAUCGUUCAGAAGCUCCUAUCACCUGCGCAGACAUGUCCUCAUUCACACAGGUGAAAGACCCUUCCGAUGCAGUCAAUGCAACAUGAGUUUCAUUCAGAAGUACCUUCUCCAGCGACACGAGAAAAUCCACAGUGGAGAGAAGCCAUUCAGCUGUGACCAGUGUAACAUGCGAUUCAUUCAGAAGUACCACAUGGAGAGGCACAAGAGGACGCACAGCGGUGAGAAGCCGUACAGAUGUGAGACCUGCCAACAGUAUUUUUCUAGGACAGACCGACUGCUCAAGCACAAGCGAACCUGUGGAGAAGCCAUAAAGAAGGGGCUGGAUCCCGGGAUGAUGGACCUGGGUUGUGUUGACAUGGGACAUGGCAGCUAUGGAAUCACUCAGGGAAAUGCUGGGAGUACUGGCAGAAAGAGGGGGAAGUCCAAAAAUUCUGGAGAGGGAGGGGAGCGCAAAAAGAAGAAGGGGGACGGUGGAGGAGGGAGGGUACCGCACAUUCAUGGUUCUGUAUCUGGAGACUACAGCAUCCAUGAAUACUCUAUGGAGAAUCAAACGGUAUCUUCCUCAACCGAGCCAGGACCCAGCAUGCAGCAGACCCACCAUGGCCGAGCUCCAAAGAUGGCAUUCAAGAAGGCCAAUCGCAAGAGCCUGGAUAAAGUGGAUCUGGGUGAGGCCAAAGCAGGCCCGUUGGAGCAGAGUGUGGGCAUGGAUGGACUUGGCCUCAUGCAGGGUAACGGGGCCAAAGUCGGCACCAGCAGCAACUACGAUGACGCCAUGCAGUUCCUGAAGAAGAGACGCUACCUUCACGCAGCAAACAAUGCAAACCCAUCAGGGCCUGCAGUGGCUGGAGGAACCAGCAGUGAGUACGACAUCGGUGUUGGUCACUUGUCUUCCCAGCCGUCUGUCAUCCAGGGCGUCGUUUCCGGCGUGAUGGAGAGUGACGCACCUCUGGGUCUCGACAAGUCGGGGAUCCCCGACGAGGUGCUGCAGAGCCUCCUGGACCAUUACGCCCAGAAGGCCGACGGCUCGCACCACGACGUUCACUUUGACAUCAGUGACCAGCAUGUGGAGCUGAACCCUGCCACAGCUGACGGUCCUGAUAUCAGCCACAGCAACAACACCCCCAGCCCAUCUGGAGACAAGACUGUCAUGAUGCACGAGUACUCUCGCUUCCUGCUGCAGGCUUUGGAGCGCACCAGCCACAGCACCAGCUUCCCUCUGAGCCCCGGGCCUUCCCCCUCAGGGCCAUUCACCAGUUCCCACCCAGGCAACCCCCUCUACGCUGACAAGAACAUCUACACUACGUCAUCUAACCCGCUGGAGUGUGGGUUUGGCCAGUCGGUGGCCUCGCCUUCGCUGCCCUCCUCUGUGCCAAAGUCUCACUUUGCUAUGCUGACAGGCUCCUCACCACAGCACACCUUCCACCUUAGCAGCCUGGAGCCCGCCACACACCAGCAGCUCACCCCAUCUCAGGAGCUCACCGACCAGAUGGAGAAGCAGCACUCCUCCACUCCCCCCUCCUCCUACCAGAUCAGCCCAUCUGACCUGAGCAGCCAGAAGGACCAACCGCCGGUCAAGAACGGCACGACGGUCUACCCUCUGGCCCCCUCUCAGGAUCUGGCCCCUCUGGACUCUUCCAAGCCUUCCUACCAGAUAGAAAACUUUGCCCAGGCCUUUGGCGCCCAGUUCAAGUCAGACGGCCGAGGCUUGUCUUAUGGCACUGACUCUGGCGGGGAGGUGGAUCACAGGAUACGGACGCCUGUGUCUGAAUUCUCAGGGUAUAGUAGUUUGUUAUCUGAUGUCAAUGAGCCAGUAAGUACAGGUUCCAAAACUCCAACAAGCCAAAGCUACAGAUGAGCGCCUGAGAGGGAGAGAACACACUGUCGUUAAAGUUGAUGUUCUUAUUUUAAUUUUUUAGUGCUCCUAUUUUAUUAUUAUUAUUAUUAUUAAUAUUAUUGUUAUUUUUUUAAGUGACAUCUUUAUUUUAAUUAUACUGACGCUCUGUUGUUGUGCCCACUCCUCUCCCCACAAUAAGCCUGCAAGGCGUCUUGCAAAUGCAAUUUUUUUUAUCUGUUCUUUUUAAGUUAAAUAUGUAUUGACUGUUUAUUCUCGUCAUAUUAGUGACAUUAGGUCUAGUCAUUAAUCAUGAACUGAAAGUACUUUUUAAGUAAAUGUAGAGUAGCGCCGGACAUAUUUCUUUUCCAAUGAGCUGAAGUGUUUGAGCAAUCAACUUUACAACUGUAAAAUAAUAAUGGAAACAAUGGCAGGGAAUAGCCCAGAAUUGAAAUAGCAAAAAAAAAAAAACGAAAAAAAAACCCCAUACAUAGAGGUUAUUGUCUGUUACAAGGUUAAAGUAUUACUCAGGAAAAAGUGAUAAAGGAGAAGCUUACGAGGUGCAGUGAGCACGGUUUUCAGAAGUGUAAGUUUGUGACUUCAAAGAGGAUUUUUCUUAUGUUUUGUUACUUGUCGAAUGAGUGUGACAUAAACAGACUGCUGCCAGCUCACUUGAACACUGAAACACUUUCUACUUGGCUAUAUAGAGAUUAUGGUACUUUCGUGUCAAUGUGAAACUCAUGUUUUCUUCAAUAAGGGCCAUAUAUAUAACUAUAUAUAUUUAUAAGAAUAUAUAUUAAUGUAAAAUAACAGAUUUAAUCAUUCUGGGGAACUGCCAGUUGAAGUACAGGGGGAAUGAGGGCUGGUUUAGGGGGUAAAUGUUGUCCGUGGUAUAUUUUUUUUGGAGAACAAAAGGCUUUCCUUUGGCUAAUAGAGGUUGCUGUUGGCCUUUCCCCUUUCCUGCCCUCCUCUUCUUCCUCAGUUCUCUUAUUUCUUUAAAAAAAAAAAAAAUCCAAUUAGCACUUUGAGCCGUUUUCGUACAUUAAGUAAAGUACCCUGUUGGAUCAAGGAAGCUCAAACAUCAGGAAUGGACUGGCUUUUUGACUGAGACAUGUUAUUUGGGUAUAUGCAGAUGGGGUUUGAAUACAUUGUGAGUGGAUGAUGGAGGAUACCCUCUGCUUUGGGUAGCAUGGUUUAUAUGGGCCGAUGGGUGGGGAGGGUUGAUACGUGAAAGUGGGAUUUUUCAUUAACAUUUUCUCUUUGUCCUUACUUUUAGGGAGGGGUUAGUGAGGGCGGGGGGGCGGGUUGGGGAUUUUAAAAUUCAGUAACAUUUAAUCGGGAUAAUGUAAAUGUAAUUCAGACCCCUAGUUUUAGUUUGACUUGUUACCCAACUUAGCAGCUUUGCUUUCUUAUUGAAUUUGAUGACAAAAUGUGCUAGUGAUCAAGUAUUUCUUCAGCUGUUACCGAGGCAGCCGUUUGCAGUGAGCAAAAAAAAAAAAAAAAAUUUUUUUUUUUAAAGAAAGAAAUGGCUGACCACAAAUUCGUAUGCAUUUAGACUUUUCACGUGUGCUGGCAGUACCGAGCAAUUUGUCCCGUUAGAAAUUGGGUGCCUAUUUCUGAGAAGUACAGGUGCAAGAUAUUGUCUAGUAAACGUUAGAUGUAAUUUCUUGCUGAUUUUUAAAUGUAUUUAUGCUGUACAUUUUUUUUUUCACAAAGACAACAAUAAUUGCGCUGUCUUCCAUAGCUACAACUGGCCUUGAGUGCUGGAAAUUAUAUCACUCUGCUGAAUGAGUCUUUAAACCCCUUUACGCCCUGAUGGCCUGUUGUUUCAAGCAAUCAUUAGACAUGGCAGAGUGAAUGCAAAUGCUGUAAUAUCUUAAAUAAUGUGUUGCCAUGUUGAACGGUUGAGGCGUAAAUAAGGAUUUGCCUCACAAAUACCUCAUAUCACAAUAAACCAGGGACAAAGGAGUGAAGGUUUGAUGUAUGUAGCAGAGAUGCUGUUGUAUGUAAGAAAAAAAAAAACAACAAGAAAAAAAAAGUCUUGUUUCUGUGUGACUAUUUUCGUGAA